AUGCCAUUAGAGAUAGUUGUUAAUGAUGCCAGAGAUAUUAAGAAGACUAAGACGAGAUUGGAGGAGGAAGGAUUGUUUGUGAAGCCCAUCUAUAGAGAUGGGGAGCUGAGUAUUAUAAAGACCAAAAUAGAAUCUCAGGACAUCUUGGAGGGGAUGUUUCCACGUAUGAAAUUUAGACACUAUCUUCUCGAUGGCAAAAGCAAUGAAAGUAAUAAUAUGGAGGAACCAAGAGAUAUAUUGACGUUUACAAAGAAUUAUUUUCGGACAACAUUGACGGAUGAAGACAUGGAAACGUUGCUGGACCAUGUCCCAUUGAAGUACUCCAUCUACCCUCCAAUACUUUUAUUGAACAAUUCAGAGAAGAGAUCUUUCCAAAACGAAGCGUUUCAAAUGAUCUUAGUGAAAAACAAUGUCAAUGUCAACAAGUUCUAUACGGAAUUAUUAAAAUUUUUACGAGUGAAAUUUAUCUUUGCAAAUAAGCCCAUUCUAAACCAGGACGUAUUACGUCAACCUCACAAUUUAGUGAGAUUAUUCUCACUGGAUGACUCAGUAAGGGACGAAUCCAUAUGGUGUGAACUGAAGCAGAAUGGGAUCUGGCAGGUUUGGAACCCUUGCUUUACGAUGUUCUCUAGAGGAAACGUCAAAGAGAAGAAACGAGUGCUCGACACGUUUGAAGACAUCAAAGGCAACGAUGUAGUAGACCUCUACUGUGGGAUUGGAUAUUUCAGUUUCAGUUAUCUAAAACGUGGAUGUCGUUACUUUUUUGGGUUUGACUUGAACCAAUGGAGUAUAAACGGAUUCCACAAAGGGUUACAACUCAAUAAACUCGAUAAGGGGUCGAGCUGUUACGUGUUCCAAGAGACUAACGAGAUGAGUCUCUCCAGAAUUGCACACUUCAGAGAAACUCAAAAUAACAAUGCGCUACUCAGAAUUAGGCACAUCAACCUGGGAUUAUUGCCGUCCAGCAAGCAAGGGUGGCCAGUGGCCCUCAACUUAAUCUCGCAGCACCAUGACUGGGAAUCCUGUCCCAAAGUGACACUACACAUCCAUGAAAACGUGCAUUCGGAAGCCAUCAACGACAACUCCUUUGCAAGAUCCACCGUCCAAACGCUUCAAACUCUCAACGCCCUCUACCAAUACACUGACACACACCUCGAGCGCAUCAAGACGUUUGCUCCAGACGUCUGGCACGUCUGCCUCGACAUCGACGUCUCUCUCUCAGCCUGA